AUGGCGCGGCACUGCCGCGUGGCCUGCCUGGCGUUUGUGGCCUAUGCCCUACGGUGCAUCUGCUUCGCGCGGCCCAAGCCAAUGCUCGAUCUGCGGCGCGUGCACGCUGCCGCCGGAUCCAAGGAUUUAGAUGGCCGCGUGGGCGCCGGCUUGGCGUCGGGUAUGGUGAAGGGCGUCCUCAUCGGCUCGGGGCAAUAUUUGUGGGUGAUUUGGCAGCACCUCACGGAUUGUCCUCGAACGCUGGAGGCGGACUCUACGGCACGCCAGUUGUUUUCCUCCACUGACUCGUGGAGUGGGUGGUUCCUGUCCACGGCAUCUUCAGCUUGGACCUGGAUGUUUGCAGAUGUCUCGGCCAAGCAAUCCGCGGUACAAUUCGCGUUGAAGCAGACGGUGAUCAUCUUGUGCCUGAUGUUUGUUGCACAGCUCAUCUGGAACCUCUUCAGCCAGAGACGAGGACGUAUUUCGGACACCUCAGUGGGAUUGAGAGCCUGGAAAUCAGUGAUGACGCUCUUGUGCGGCGCGCUGGCUAGUCGCUGCUUCUGCCAGCUGACGAUGUCCCAGUGCGUCAAAUCCUCCUGGACGGGUCUGCCUUACUACUCCGAGGGACACCUGCUUUGCGCGGGCGCCUCCAUCCUCAGCGGCGUCUUCGCCUGCUCCGCGCUGUCCGCGACCUUCGCCCGCUGGCACCGCCGCAAAGUCGGAGCCGGCGGAGCCGGCGGCGACUCCGCCUGA